AUGGCGCCCUCCUCGACAACCGCUCAGCGGAUCGAGGAAGCUCGGGCUCUCGCGAAGACGGAUGCUUCCAAGGCCGAGAGCGUCUACAAGGAGGUUCUCGCUCAGGGCCCCGGAUCGUCGGAGAGCUCGUCGCGUGAUUAUGAGAAUGCCUUGGUUGGAUUGGGAGAGCUCUACCGAGAUGAGAAGAAGCCGAAUGAGAUCGCAGAACUCAUCAAGACCAGUCGGGAUUCCUUCUCGUCAUUUGCCAAAGCGAAGACGGCGAAACUUGUCCGUCAGCUGCUGGACCUCUUCAGUGAAAUCCCCAACACCCUCGACAUCCAGAUCGCCGUCAUCAAAUCUUGCAUCGACUGGGCCGUUGCGGAGCGGCGAUCCUUCCUCCGACAGAAUCUCGAGACCCGACUGGUGGCCAUCUACAUGCAGAAGCAAACGUACUACGACGCCCUGACCCUCAUCAACUCUCUCCUUCGCGAGUUGAAGCGCCUUGAUGACAAAUUGAUGCUGGUUGAAGUGCAGUUGCUGGAGUCCCGGGUGUACCAUGCCCUGGGCAACCAGGCCAAGGCACGCGCUGCCUUGACGGCCGCCCGGACGUCGGCUGCCUCCGUUUACACUCCCCCCAACCUGCAAGCCGGACUGGACAUGCAAAGCGGUAUGCUCCAUGCGGAAGACAAGGACUUCAACACUUCAUACUCCUACUUCAUUGAGGCUCUGGAAGGAUACAGCUCCCUCGAUGAAGGCGAGAAGGCGACGGCGGCUCUUCAAUACAUGCUCCUUUGCAAGAUUAUGCUGAACCUGGUGGACGACGUGACGAGCUUGUUGGGCUCCAAGCAGGCCCAGAAGUACGCCAGCCCUCGACUCGAGGCCAUGAAAGCAGUGGCCCGUGCCCACGCCAAUCGGUCGCUGGAGGAGUACGAAAAGGCGCUCUCGGACUAUCGGUUCGAGCUGGGCAGUGACGCUUUCAUCCGGAACCACCUCCGCCGAUUGUACGAUGCCAUGUUGGAACAGAACCUCAUCAAGGUGAUUGAGCCGUUCAGCCGCGUGGAGCUGGACCACAUCGCCAAGAUGGUUGGUCUGGACACGCAGCAGGUGGAGCGGAAGUUGUCGCAGAUGAUCCUGGACAAGGUGAUCAUCGGUGUGCUGGACCAGGGAUCUGGCUGUCUGAUUGUCUUUGAUGAGACGGAGCGGGAUCAGGCAUACGAUGCCGCCCUGGAGACGAUUGAGAAGCUGAGCAAUGUGGUGGAAGAGCUGUACACUAAUCAGGCAUCGCUGCUGGAGUGA